AAUAUGGAAUUUAGUUAGUUACGUCUGAUAACCCUACUGUCGUUUAACAACGGUGACUGCCGUAGUGUUUUGGAUGUUGGAAUGAAAUUUCAUUUUUGUUUUUUUUGUAAACAUACCUUCAUGAUAUUGUUUACACAUUCAAAUACCUGGGCCUUAAGUGGCGUAAGGCCAAUAAAUACACCAAAGUCAUCGUGAAUAUUAGAUGGCAACUACCGCUGCACCAACCUCAUCUCAGCCACUACCAGGUGCAUAGAAGUUGUUGAAUAAAUCUUACAUUUUUAAAGAAAUUGAAAGAAAAAAAAACAUUGCGAAAAUUCUAUAUUUUUAAAAAUAGCCUUAUAUUUUGCUUCUUUGCUUGGUUGAUCUACCACUGACGUGUUAGUUGAAAUUUUUAGAAAAAUUGAAGUGGUCUGUCUUUUCAUAUUUAUGAGAAAAGAUAUUCAUCUGCUCUAAGUCAAAUAUUACUUUUUUCUAAUGGAAAGAUUAUUGGGAGGUACUGAUACUAGUAAAGCAAUAAAAAAGAGAAAACCUGGUAUCAAAGACUCUGAUGAAGAAGAAGGCCAAGGGCCCAAAUAUACUAGAAUGGAUGAAGAUAAUAUGCAGGAUAAAGAACGAUUUGCGAGGGAGAAUCACAGCGAAAUUGAGCGUCGACGCCGCAAUAAAAUGACGAGUUACAUAUCAGAACUAUCAGAAAUGGUUCCUACUUGUAGCGCCUUGGCGAGAAAACCAGACAAAUUGACCAUUUUAAGGAUGGCUGUUGCUCAUAUGAAGACCCUGAGAGGCACAGGCAAUACUAGUUCAGAUGGUACAUAUAGGCCAUCUUUUUUGACAGAUGAAGAAUUGAAGCACUUAAUUUUAGAGGCAGCUGAUGGCUUCCUAUAUGUCAUUUCUUGUGGGGAUUCUGGUCGAGAUACAGGACGCAUUAUUUAUGUUUCUGACUCCCUGUCAUCUGUGCUAAAUCAAUCUCAGGCUGAUUGGUUCAAUGCAUGUAUUUUUGAUCUCGUUCAUCCGGAUGACAUUGAUAAAGUCAGGGAGCAACUUUCAACUCAGGAAUCUCCAAAUGCUGGGAGAAUAUUGGAUCUGAAAACUGGCACUGUAAAGAAAGAAGGUCACCAAUCUUCCAUGCGUCUGUGUAUGGGCUCUAGAAGAGGUUUCAUCUGUCGCAUGAAGAUUGGCAAUCUCCAACCAGAUGCCAUGUGUUCAGGCCAUUUGCAUCGCCUUCGAGAGCGAAACAGCUUGGGUCCAUCUACUGACGGCAAUGCAUAUGCAGUUGUACAUUCAACUGGUUAUAUUAAAACAUGGCCUCCAACAGAUUUUUUACCACCAGGUGUACAAAUUGACCGAAUGGACCCAGAAGAUGGACAUGGUGGGAGCCAUUGUUGUCUUGUUGCGAUUGGUCGGCUUCAAGUUACAAGCACACCCAACAAUAGUGAUCUAAUGGGUUCAAAUUCAUCUAGUGAAUUCAUUUCUCGCCACAGUGCUGAUGGAAAAUUCACUUUUGUUGAUCAAAGAGUUCAAGGUGUUUUGGGCUAUCAACCAGAAGAACUUUUAGGCAAAACUUGUUUUGACUUUUUCCAUCCAGAGGAUCAAACUCACAUGAAGGAAAGUUUUGAACAAGUUCUUAAAUUAAAAGGUCAAGUGAUGUCUGUCAUGUACCGGUUCAGAGCAAAAAAUAGAGAUUGGACGUGGCUGCGAACUAGCAGUUUUGUUUUUCUCAAUCCCUACACAAAUGAUAUGGAGUAUGUUGUCUGUAAGAAUUCUUGUGCUAAAACACUUCACCACCAACAAGAAGUAUCUGUCUCAGGUACUGAUCCGGGUCCUGUUAGUUCCUCAGGGGAAAAUGCUAUGAAUCAAUACAGUCACAUGGGUCCUGGAAAUUUACUAUCUUCUCAAACAAAGCCAGAAGGGCUUGAUUACAGUUUACCUAGGUCAGAAGUCUAUCCUUCUGUAGUACCUCGAGCUCACCAUCCAGGAACUCAAGGUAUUCAGGAAAGACGUCCAGGUUCAGGUCAAUCUGUUUAUUCAAAUUAUGAAAAUAGUGGGCAGCAACAUUCUGGUCUGAGUUAUCCGACCACAAGUGUUGGAAGUGGUGCUGGAAGUUUGGGAAGUUCACUUGCACAAACACCUCCAUCUGCAGUUCCCAGCGGCGGUGGAGUCUUGACUCGCAUAUCGAAACCUGCUACAACUUCAUCCUCCUCAUCCCCACAAGCUGUAUGGGUUCAGAGGCAUCUCGCACAAGCAAAUUCAGAAGCAUUUGGUCAGAAUUAUAAUCAAAUGAAUUCUCCAGCACGAAGUCCAUCUGGUCCAACGUAUACACAGUUGGGAUCUACACCAGGUCCAAGAGGAAUCUGGGGACAUUGGCAAAGCCAAGGCACACCCGAAGGACCCUCUUCAUCGACAUCUUCCGGAAGCCACCCUCAGGCUCACGGUGCUCCUGGAAGUGGACCACAGCAACAAGAGCUAUCUGACAUGUUACAAAUGCUCGACCAGAGUGGAGCAUCAUCCUUCGAAGAGUUAUCAAUGUUUAAUACAUUUCCAGAAUAAUCUGCAAGGAUCUCCUUUUCUUGCAAGUGUACAAAAUGUAGAGUGCAUUCCCAGCACUUGAUCAUUUGCCAUAAUUUUUAAUUGAACUAUUUCAUGUGUCAUGACUUUUAUAUUUCAUACAUUUCCAGAUGUAUAGCAUUUAUCUGAACUUUCAUUUUGUAGAGUGAUUAUACAUUUCCACAUUUUGUGAAAAGUCUCACAACUAUGGACCAGUGAAACAAAGAACUGUACUUACUGUCAUAAGUGUAUGCAAAAGAGAAAAAAAAUCUCAAACUGAAAUCAAUAUAUGUUGAGGCAGAUCUGAAUCAAAAUCAAAAAUAAGUUUUAUUUUUGCCAUAAUAUUCUUUUAUUUAUAUUUUUUUGUUAAUUUUGUGCAUUUAAAUUAUAUGAUGUGGUAUCUUGAGGAAACUAACAUUCCAUUAGAUGGGAACCUAUUUUGCCCGGUAUAAUUUUGCCCUAUGAAUGCCUCUUUUUGGGGAUGCAAGUUCUCAAUUUAUUAAUUAUAAAUAAAUUUAAUGAAUGUUUAUUCAGAGCUGCCAACUCAACCAGAUUUUCCUCUAGGCUGCUAGAUUUUGCCAGUUAUCUAAAAUUAAUAUNAUUUUCCUUUUGAAAAAAUUCUCUUAAGAUUAUAAAAUUUAAAAAAGGAAAAUCCUAUUACAAUAGAUAUUUUACUCAGUACCCUCUAAAAUGAGUGAAAUAUCUAAUUAACAGUUGAAAUUAUGAUUAAAAAAUAACAUUUUAUAUUAACUUAUUUACUGUCAAUCAUGAAUCCAAAAAUAUUGCAAUCAAUUUAAAUUUAUAGCCAUUUGUAUAACAUUGCUUUAAAUUUUAUUGCCCAUGUAAACUCCUUGUUUUUAAAAUAUUUCUGAUAUUAACCCAAAAGUUGAUAUGAAAUUUACAUAAUUUUUAAUCUGUUUUUUCCCCUGUUCAUGUUGGCAGCUUUAAUAUUAUUUUUUAAUUAAAAUUUUGAAUCUGUUCUAUUUUUUGUGUUAGAAAGGUUCUUCAUAAACCUGUGAUUUUUUUUAAAAAAAUUAUUUGAAUUCUUAUAUGAAAGAAAAUGUAAAAUUGAACUUAACCCAUAAACUGACAAAACAAAACUGUGUUAUACUUUUCUUGUGAAGCAUUGUUUAUUUUCCCCCUUUCAUAUUUUUUGGUGAAAUCGACAGCUCUGCUCUGAAGUUCCCUUUCAUCCAAAACAGAAUGAAGGAGAGAAUACUGCAUUAUCUUGAUGCUGUCCAUAAUUUUCAUUCUAUCUUUGUUCUUAUAAACAUGCUUAUUUUUCUCUGUCAAAUUUUAUAAUUAUCAACAAUUUGAUGUGUGUUAUUAAUCAUAAAUGAAUUGCAAAAUGUAUAAUUUUACUUGUUUUAAUCUUGUGUUGCGAAUGCAAUAGAAAUAAAGAGCUCUAAUGUUUGUCAGUAUGAAUCCAAUUUAUGAAUUAUUUUUAUUUGUUAGAAUACUUGUUAUAAUAUUCUUAUUUUUUUAAAAAUAUUUCAGAACUUGCUAAAAGCUGUGAAAAAUUGAAAUUUCAUGAAUAUUGUAUGUAGUAUGCAAUUAUUGCUCUGUGAAUUAAAAAAAAAAACUGUAGUAAUGAUACUGAUUAUUCUAUUCUCAAUCUGUACUACCAUCAGAAAGUGUGUUUUUUUUUUCUUUCUCAAAUUUUACGAUAAUUGAAGUUUACAAUGUAUUAUAUUUAAAUGAAAGGAUUUUUUUUCCUUAUUGACAAUUGACUCCUUAUAAUUUGUUGAGUAAAAGUUACCUUUUCUGUAAUAGAAAAAAAUACUUUUCCAAUAAAAUGAAAAAAAGAAUGCAGUCAUGUCGACAAAUGUUUUUAAAUUGGAAACGCCGAGUUAAUCAGAAUGUUAUUUAUGAGCUACCAAUGUUUAAUAAUUGUUUAUUUUUCACAUUGAACUAUUAGUUUCUUUAUAUUUUAAUUUUAAGUAAUGUUUUAUUAUAUGUUUAAAAUCUUUUUUAUAUACAUUAAAUACUUCAUUAAAAAUUGUUCAAUUCAUUUGAGCAAAAAUUCUGCACUUCACCUACAAAUUCUUUUAUUUUUAAAUCUGGAAAAUUGAAAAAUAUAUAUAUUCAUUUGUUUUAUUAACGUUUUCUUUUGUAUUUAAAAAAUUAUAGGCGUAUAACUUAGAUAAAAAAAAAAAUUUAAAAAAUUAUUUUUUUGUUAACUAAACUGGUGAAUUGUAUCAUAAAAUCUAUGUUCUAGCUAUUAUGUUGGUUUCUAAAAACAUUAAAAUUUUCCAUUAAUAUAGUUUUGUUGUUGGGAAAAUUAAAUUCUAAAUUAUCUUAUUAAUGAUAUUUAUUGAUAAUAAUUUUAAAUUAUUUGUGAAUAUCUUUUUAACAAAUUAUUAUAAAUUUGUUAGUAAAAAUGUAUUUAUUUGUAUAAUUUUUUUAAGGAUAACUUCUUAUCAAUGCCUGUACAAGAGUUGCUGAUUUCAAUGCAAUAAAACUGUACACAUUUUGUAAA